AUGGAUAGGGGACACGGUAAUAGGACUAGAUCUGCGGGUGCUGGUAGUGAGUAUAGAGGAGGCCAGGGGCAACAAUAUUCCAGAUAUUCAGGCCAGUCUGCAUCUAGUGCAUCCCCUCGGUUUGCGGGCCAGAGGUUUGAUCACCCCAUCUAUUCUGGGCCGAAUCAGGGUUCGGGACCUUCAGGUUCCCAGUACCGUGGUGAUUCCAGCCAGAGGAGACCGCCGGUACCACGGUGCAGUCAAUGUGGCGGUCAUGGUGGCGGUUAUGGUGGCAAUGGUAGUGGAGGGGAAGGAUAUUUUAAUGGUGGAAGAAUAAAUAGAUGGGAGGGGUAA